AUGUUUUGUGAAGGAUCAGUUACAUCAGAAUUAAUGGAUACUUAUAUGAAGAAUGAUAUUUCGAGUCUAAGUAACAAUCUAGAAAAAGAGCAACUAUUAAUGGCACAGAAGCCACCAGGUGUUAAAUGUGACAUUCUCAAUGAGUGUCAAAUGUUCUUGAAAGCUGAAGAUGGUGGAGGUGAUGCUACUUAUCAGAUUUCUGGUAACAUAACAUCAAUCAAUGAAGGUGAGCAUGAUACUCCCACCUCAACUAGUAACAAUCUAGAAGAAUCACCUGACAAGCAAAUGGAAGAGGUAGAAAAGGGAGGCACUAUUGAUGGGAAUGAAGAAAUGCCUAGUACUGUUACAAUUCUUGAUACUCCAGAUGGAGGUAAAAUAUAUUUGGUCGGAACAGCACAUUUCAGCAUCAAGUCUCAAGAAGAUGUCUCCAGGGUUAUUCAAGAAGUGAAUCCACAUAUAGUGAUGGUGGAACUUUGUGAACAGAGAACAAAUAUUCUUCUUUUAGAUGAAGAAAUUAUUUUAAGGGAGGCUAAAAAUAUAAACUUUAAAAAGAUCAGGGCAACUAUGGCUCAAAAUGGAGUAUUCAAUGGUUUAAUGUACAUUUUACUUUUAAACAUGUCAGCGCACAUUACUCGUGAAUUGGGUAUGGCUCCAGGUGGAGAAUUUCGCCGGGCAAUGGCUGAGGCCAAAAAGAUCCCAAACUGCAUAGUGCAACUUGGUGAUAGAGCAAUUGACAUAACCCUACACAGGGCCAUAGCGUCCCUGUCUUGGGGACAGACAAUACGCUUUAUAUGGCAUCUCCUUACAUCAAACCAAAGUAUCAGUGUUGAAGAAGUUGAGAAAUGCAAAGUGAAAAAAAUGUUAGACGACAUGCUCGAAGAGAUGGCGGAGGAGUUUCCCGCGCUCAAGCGCGUGUUCGUUGUCGAGCGCGACAUGUACCUCUGCCAUUCUUUGCAAAUCGCCGCUUUGCAGCCGCGUAAUGAGCCAUGUCGUAUUGUUGGCGUGGUUGGUAUUGGCCACGUAGCCGGUAUAGUGGAGCACUGGGGCAAAGUCACGCCGCAAGACAUCACACCGUUACUUGUCAUCCCGCCUCCGUCGCUGUCGACGCGCAUAAUUCGCGUGUCGGUGCGUGUGGCGUGCGCGGGCGCGAUCACAUACGCCGUGUACAAGCUUUUCCCGCGGCGUUGGCUGCCC